AUGGAAGAAUACGCACCGCUGGAAAGCACAGGCAUCGAGGAGCCUCUGGAUCUUGUUCGCCUCUCCCUCGACGAGCGCAUCUACGUCAAGCUCCGUGGCGACCGUGAGCUACGCGGAAAGCUUCAUGCUUAUGACGGUCAUUUGAACAUGGUGCUUGGGGAUGUGGAGGAGACUAUCACUGUUGUUGAUGUGAACGAUGAGACUAUGGAGGAGGUUAUCAGAGUAAGCAAAGUUCACUUUCACGCCUUCCAGGAGUAG